AUGGGGAGGGGGGAUGGAGCAGAGGCUGUUGGCGGCGGCGAUAGGAAUGGAUCCGGGGGUUGCAGCGGCGAGGAUGGCGGAUCCGAGGGGUGGCAGCGAGACAGAUCCGGGGUGGGAGGAGGGGGGAAGAUGGGAUGUGGAGAUGAGGAUGAAUCCAGGACCAACGGCGGAUGGGGUGCGAGCACCAGCGGCGGGGCUGGACUGCAGGAGCCGGCGACGGUGGAUGCAUCAAGCGGCGGCGGUGGAUGCGUCAAGCGGUGGCGGUGGAUGCGAGGAGCAGAGGAGUGCAAGUGCGAGUGCGGGGAGGGGUGUAGGGAGGAUGCGGGGAGUAGAGGAGUGCGGCAGACGCGGGUGGGGUGGGAGUGCGGGAGUGCGGGCGCGAAGCGCCACCUCCUCCGGCUACGGCGCAAGAAGCUCGGGGGACGGGGCCGUCCCGGCUGCGCCGGCGCCGAGGCCGUCGCGCUGCCGGCGGUGUUUGUCGACGGGAAGCUGCUGGGCGGGCAUGACGUUGGUGGCGUGCCGGGGCCGUCGGACUCCGCCAUCCUCUGCUGCCCCCAGCGGCAGCGUCCGCGCCGGCCGACCCUGCGGCGCACAGCGGAGAGCGGAGGAUGCAGGAGGCGGCGAGCUGCUGCAGGUGAUGUGGCUGGAGCAUAG